AUGUCUAAGCGGCACAGAGACCACGGGGACUCCGGUCUACCCCCAAAGCAAAAGUGUAUCCGUACUGAUGUGAAGCCUGUUGAUCGCUUAUCUUGUCUGAGCAAUGAGUUAUUGCUCCAUAUUCUCUCGUUCCUUCCAGUCUCAUCACUAAACGAUUGUCAAAGGUUAUCCCAUCGCUUUUAUGCUCUCGGCGGUGAUUCGGAGCUAUGGAAAAGGCAAUACUACUCGCAAUGGGUACGGCCGCGUGCUCGACGCCUCGCAAAUUCCAGACGCACAACACUUCCUGCUAAAACGGACUACUCCCCCAGAGUCGCGACGUGGUUUGACCAUGGGCACUUGACAGAUGAGGGUAAUUGGAAAAGGCAGUACCGGCUCCGGCAUAACUGGUCCCGGGGGCUAUGCCGGGUUACUGAAGUCGAAUUGCCUGAGCCGCCAUGUCCUUCCACCCUGGUCAGGUUCUGUGCUGGUGUUGUCUUCACCGCAGAUUCUGCAUAUGGGCUUAGGGCAUGGACCGCAAAAGCCCCUGCGCGUUGUCUCGCCAGCCUUUCCUUUCCAGCUCUAUUGAACUCAUCGCCUGUACCUCCCACUGCCUUGGCAGUAAGCCAGACUCAUGAGAAGGUCUGGAUUGCAGUGGGAAUGGGAAACGGCCAUUUCAGUAUAUUUUCACUAAACCUUCAAACAUCUCGACUGGCCUUGCAGUCCUCUCAUGCUGGGUGUAAUGGUGCCAUAACUGCAAUGGCUCUAUCAUCACCAUACCUACUAGUGGUAUCUCAGUACAAAAACCUGACACUUUACAGCCUACAACAAAGUAGCUGCCAGACAGAGGAAGCCGUUGAGACCAACAAACCUCACCAACUUGCCUCCCUCAGAGCGGACAACAUUGUUGCACCGAUGACAUUAUCGCUUCGAGUCUCGCCCUUUGAUAUUAUUGCCACUAUCGUGUAUAGUUUCUUUCACAUUGGUUGCGGGUGGUCUCUAGGGAUUCAAGAAUUACGAUUGGGCAAAGACGGCCAACAACAUGAUUCGCGAUUGACAACUACGGUGGAUUCUCAGUAUGGCGUGCGGCCACUUCAAGGAAUGCGUUCCAGAAAACGACGACACUCUGCGGCUGAACCAGAUGAUAGUCAAUCCUCGAUCACCUCUGGGCCAUCAAUUCUCCACCAACAGCCGCCAACGUCUAUGUCUUAUUCCCACCCAUAUCUACUGACUUCUCAUGCCGAUAAUACAUUGACCAUGUAUCUUGUGGUCUCUACGUCUGAGGAUUUAUUUGUCCAAGGCGGCCGCCGGCUUUGGGGUCACACUUCAUCCAUAUCUGCUGUUCAAGUCACCAACCGUGGAAAAGCCGUGUCGGUAAGCUCUCGAGGGGAUGAGAUCCGAAUAUGGGAGCUAGAGACAGCAAUAUCGUCUCUGGGCACUCGCAAGCCCCUUAAAGAAGACAAUGGUAUCCAGCUCAGUACUGGAAACAAACGUGAUUCAGAGCCUGAACCUCCAAGGACGCUCUCACAAAAUCUGAACAGCGCCGACCUGGAAGCCAACUCCGGAAUCUUGUCGCGAAUGCAAGGUUGUGUCGGUUUUGAUGAGGAAAGAGUACUCCUACUUCGAGAGAAGGGGGUGGGAACACAGCUUCUGGAAUGCUACGACUUCACAUAG